AUGGACGAUGAACAAGAACAAGCAUCGUCCGGUGAAUGGGCCGCGCUAGCUGCCGUGAUGGGCGAUAGCGUCACUGUCGCUGUUGAACGUGGAGCUCACUGCGAUUUGAGAGGGAGAUCGACGACAACCUCGCCGGAUUUCCAGACGCAGCGCCUUUGCUGCCGCUGGCCACAGUGGAGCCCUACAGGCCGCUGCCUAGCGCUCGUGGCCAACUGGAGCCGCGCAGCACAGCAGCCUCCGCCCUGGGCUCUGGGGGGUGGCCAGGCCCGGCAGUGGCGUCUGGACAGCUCAGCUGCCGGCCAUGUCGUUAUCGCACCCCGUGAUCUCAUGCCCUUUAAACCUCAACCUCUGCUCUAUUCAAAGGCUCAAGCAUCAAGUCAAAGUCGCAUGCUUCAAAGAGGCUUCACUCGCGUCCAACGGCCCGAUAUUCACACGUGUUCACCCAAAGUAUAUGCAGACUGGACCAAAUCCACAGCUGCCUGCACCAUCCCGCCAUAUAUAAUCCCAGCCAUCACUCAACUCGCCAUCUCAGUCUCGGCAGCUGCAGCCAUCAGGUACUGCGAUAUGGAGUGUGACAUCUGCCACCACCCGCAUGACGCCCAGCGCCGGCCGUUCCUCUGCGCCGUGGAUGCCCGCAACAGGAUCUACGAGGGCCGCAUGAAGCACCUGCAGCUGAUGCUCGAUAAUGAGUCGCUCAAGGCGCAGAUCGACGAGCUCCUGGACGAUACAUCCAAGCCAAACAAGCAUACCUGGGACGAAAUCAUUGCGCACAGAGAUGCGGCUGAGCAAAAGACUGAUCAGAUCCUCGCCGCCGCGGAUAGGCUUCGCGACGACAUCAAGGCGGCCAGGGAUGAGAUCCAGGCUAGAAAGGCGGCCAUUGCUCGACGGAGAUCCGACCUGGCCUCCGUCUCCGCCGGCAUCGUGGAGCGCAGAGCUAAGCAGCUCAGGGAGGUAGAGAAGUCGAUUAGCAUGCUCAAGUUCCGAUGGUCGCAGAGUGCUGAGGAUAUGGCCUCUACUCGUGGCUUUUUGUGUACGGAAGCUGUCCGGCUCUACGGGCUUAAGAGGAUCACGAAGAAAAGCGGCACGGGGCGCUACGAAUAUCAUCUCGGCAAGAUUCCCAUUGUAGACCUAACCAGCAUGAACUCUCUUUCGCCCGAGACUAUCUCAACCUCUCUCGCUCACAUAGCCCAUGUCCUCAUGCUAGUUUCCCACUACCUUUCCAUCCGCCUCCCUGCCGAGAUCGUCCUCCCUCACCGCGAUUACCCGCGACCAACAAUGUUCACCGUCCCAAGUUCCUAUCGCCAUGGCGACGUUUCAUUCCCCGGCGCUCUCCUUGCCCCGACUCCGUUGUCUGAGUCCCCAUUUGCCAAUUCCCACGUCCCCCGACCUCGCCCUCUGUUCGUGGAUAAACCUCUCCCGCAGCUCUCCAAAGAGGACCCUGCUGCCUAUUCGUUGUUCCUCGAAGGCACCACGUUGCUUGCUUAUGAUGUCGCUUGGCUCUGCUGUUCGCAGGGCGUGUCUGUGGGAGACAAGACUUCGUUUGAGGACAUUUGCAACAUGGGCCGGAACUUGCAUAAUUUGUCGAUGAAUAAUCAGAUGCAGACCGGUGCCAUCAAUUUUUCGAUGGGCGCCCCGGCAGUAGAUGUUAACGUUGGAGGCCAGAAUGCCGAUUCGAAUCAGAGCUGGAUCGGCCGCUAUGCGCAUGGCACGACUUAUUACAGCCUUUCUGGCGACGAAGGAACCGAACUGACAAAGUCCUUCCGGCUGCCUAGCCCGUUGAAGCUUGCCGAUAAGCUGAAGAAGAAGCUUCUUGGCGACGCGCCCGCUCCUGACUGGGAGGUCCUUGAUGACGAUGAAUGGAAGGACGCAAGUAUGCCGGGCAACGGAGUUUUUGAUCCAAAGGCUGUGGGCAGCAAGAAUGGCGGUACUCCCGAUGCGAGAGACUCGCCGCGGACCAGUAGUUCGAAUGGAUGGAUGAAGGUCAAAAGUAGAUACUAG